AUGAAUGACGCUGAAAAUAUAAAGAACACAGAUGAUCUUAAUAACUGGAGUAAUAACACUGAAGAUAUAGAGAGUGCAGACCAUCUCAAAAAUAUGAAAAAUGUAGCUACCACUAUUUUAAAAUGUCUUGUUAGUAACAUGAAUGAUGCUGAAAAGGAGAACAUGAACAAUCAUCAUGAUGAGAAUUUUGAAAAUACAGAAAAUGAGGCUACCACUUCUCAAGCAACAUCAUUUAUCAGCACUGAAAGUAACACAUCAGGUAAAACUAAUGGAUUUAAUGUUGUAAAAGACUAUGUUGAUCAUGAAAAUAAUGUUAUUAGAAGAAGAACUUAUGUUUGUCAGCAUAGUCGAUAUUAUGAAUCCAACUCUAAUAAGGAAACAGACACUAAAAAAAUGCGAUGCCCAUGGCAUAUAAAUGCUUCUUGCCCCAAAAAUAAAAAUCCAAGUUCUGCAGUUUUUAUCAAUAAGGUCAUAAAUGAACAUAAUCAUGAGUUAAAUAUUGAUGCUAUUUUAUUUGAACAUGAAAAAAGGUUCAACAAAGAAAUGAUAGAUGAUAUUAAGUUUUUGACACAGCAUUGUAGAAUGGGAGCAACAAAUCAGAGAAGAUAUCUAGAAGGAUUUGAUAGGGAUAGACAAAACAUUCUUCUUGUGCAAAGGCUAGUUGUGGAUAAAAGUAAAGAUUCUCAUGUUUGGUUUUUCAAACAAAUUCUCAAGGCGACUAAUAUUCAGCCAACAGUAAUUUUGACAGAUUCAGAUCCUGCGAUUGAUGCUGCUGCUGAAAUUAUCAUGUCAGAUGCUGAAGAAGAUCAUAUCGAUAGUUCUAAAGUUACUAUACAACAAUUAUUGGAUGUAGUUGAACAGAGUAAUGUUAAUAAAAUAUGGGAAAUCAAAAUUGGAAAUUCAUUAAAAGAAAAGUACUAUAUUCAGCAAAAUAAUAAACCUAUAACUUAUUUGUAUGCAAUUGACAAAGAGAAGAUAGAUCAUGCUAAGCAAAGAAUAAAUAUUCUUGAACAAAAGGCUCUAUAUGACACUCUUCAUGGGAUAUAUAAAAAAGCUAUACAAAAAGCUUUACAAUCAAAAUCAAGUUCAAGACGUCUAAUUGAGGUAUUACAAGAAUUUACUAAUGAAAAUGUUGAAUUAUCUAGUAAAGACAGUUAA